AUGUGUUUUUUUAAACAUUUUCCUUGGCUCAUUAUCUGUUGUAAUUGUUUUGGAAACCUUCUUGUAAUAAUCUCCAUCAUUUACUUCAAACAACUCCACACUCCUACAAACUAUCUUACUCUCUCUCUGGCUGUGGCUGACCUGCUUGUUGGUGUUCUAGUCUUUCCUUUCAGCAUGGAAUUCACUGUAAGCUCUUGUCUGUAUUAUGAAGAUAUAUUUUGCAAAGUACGUGGCUACUUUGAUGUAACGCUGAGCACAGCUUCCAUUUUGAAUUUAUGUUGUAUUUCUAUUGACAGAUAUUAUGCAGUGUGUCAGCCUCUGACAUAUAGAACUGAGAUAAAUGCUCACAGUGCUGCAGUCAUGAUCCUGGUAACAUGGAGUGUUUCCAUCGUAGUUGCCACUGGCUUUUUAGUUGCAGGAUUAAACCAUGAAAAAUGUGGAGAAAUGUGUUUUAUCGAGGUUCAACUUGCACAUAUUUUGGGACCUAUUUUCUCAUUUUCUCCAGUGAUCAUAAUGCUCUGUAUCUACCUAAAGAUUUUCCUUGUGGCACAGAGACAGGCUCGCAGCAUCCACAACACAAACUGUCAGAGCACAAAGUCUGGAGCAACUGUCAGUAAGAUGGAGAGAAAGGCCACCAAAACUCUGGCUACUGUUCUGGGAGUUUUUCUGAUGUGUUGGCUUCCUUUCUUCCUCUUGCCAGUUGCAGUGUUUGAAACUCUUAACUGGGUUGCACUGUCCAAUUCAAUGCUCAAUCCAUUUAUUUAUGCCUUAUUUUACAGCUGGUUCAGAUCAGCUUUCAGAAUGAUCAUAUCAGGAAAAAUAUUUCAGGGAGGCCAUGGAGAAAUACAUACGGGAAUCUCUCGCUGCCAGCCUCAUUUGGCCGUCCUCCUCCCCUGUGGGAGGGGGUUUCUUCUUCGUCAAAAAGAAGGAUGGAACACUUUGCCCUAUAUUACCAUUAAGAACAAGUAUCCACUCCCCCUCAUCGACUUGGCUUUUGCUCCGCUCCACCAGGCCUCCAUCUUCACUAAGUUGGAUCUGAGGAAUGCUUACCACCUGGUCCGCAUACGUGAGGGUGACGAGUGGAAGACGGCGUUCAAGACACCUUUGGGUCACUUCGACAUUACCACCACGUCAGGUCUGUUCUCCAGAGACUAUGAGAACAAACUGUUUGUCAAGGCAGAGAAGUGCCACUUUCACACUCAAUCUGUCAGUUUUUUAGGUCCUAUUGUGGAGAGGGGCCAGAUGCGUCCAGACCCAGCUAAGAUGCAGGCAGUGGUGGGGUGGCCCCGACCAGAGACCCACAAGCAACUCCAGAGGUUUUUGGGUUUUGCCAAUUUCUACCGCCGAUUUAUUUGGGAUUACAGCAAGACCAGUCCAGAGUCCUCUGCCAGCCCACCAGAAACAAUACUGCCACCGUCCUGCAUAGUAUCAGCUGCCCACUGGGAGGUGGAGACGCUG